CCACCUGUCGCGGCGUAGUGAGUCGCGCAAAAUGGACGUUGACACGGCAAGUGACAAUACGUCGAUCGAUGAUAAAAUUGACGAUUUCUGUGAAAAUCCAACGAGAGAUGCUUUGACCGAGGGUCUUAUGAGCCUUCUCAAGCCUACGGUUGAUCAGUUAGACGAAAGGAUUCGCGCCACAAGAAUAUGUCAAAUAGAGCUGAAGCAGCGAAUUGAGUCGCUGACAGAAGAACUGCAAAGGAUCAACGAAGCUUUGCAGUGCCCAUUGGAGACAGAUUCGUAUGUGAAGAAGCUAGUCAAUGCCAAACAUAAGAUCACCAUUGUAAGUAACAUCUUGCAAAGUACACAAGAGAGAUUGAACAAGAUUCAUCAAGCAGUGGAGAAGAACACAGUGAAGAGGAAAGCCUUGCUAGACCAUAGUUCCCUGUCUAGUAAUGCUCCUAAUGUCACAGAAAAGGUAGAGCAAGAAGGAGAGAGAGAACAAGAAGGAUCCGAGUGGUAACUAUGAAAUGAUUGUGAUAUA